GAGUAGGUUAUUUAGUAUCGGUAGAUGUGUCAAUUUCCAAGUGGUGUUUUUAUUUUCUUGUAAAAACAUAUUUUUUCUGUAUGAUUUGCUCAAUGAAUAUAAACCACAAUAACAAACGAAAUGAAUUUGAGUUCAAGUAAUCCAUAUAAUAAUGGAUUGAAUUAUAUAGCUUUUAAUCAAGAUCAUGGAUGUUUUGCUUGUGCUACUAGUACCGGUUUUAGAAUAUUCACUUGUGACCCUUUAAAAGCAAAAGAAAGACAAGAUUUCGAAAAUGGGGGACUGGGUUUUGUCGAGAUGUUAUUCAGAUGCAAUUAUCUAGCUUUUGUUGGUGGUGGAUCAAAUCCAUUAUAUCCUACAAAUAAGCUUAUGAUAUGGGAUGAUAUAAAUAAAACGUCUCCUAUAUCUCUAGAAUUCAAUUCCCCAGUUUUAACUGUGAAAUUGAGAAGAGAUAGAAUAGUUGUUGUAUUAGAAAGAAUAAUAAAAGUAUAUACAUUUUCGAAAAACCCCCAACAACUUCAUGUAUACGAAACUAACCCAAAAUGUAAGGGAUUAUGCGUUCUAUGCCCAAAUAGUAACAACUCAAUUUUGGCCUUUCCUGCCAGAAAAACUGGACAAGUAGAAAUAGUAGAUUUAGCGCGAUUAGAAAAAUCUUUUGUAUUCAUUUUUGCUCACGAAACGAACAUUAAUUGUAUGGCGUUGAAUCAACAAGGGACAUUGUUAGCUACUGCAAGCGAAAAAGGGACACUAAUAAGAAUUUUUAAUACCGACAAUGGGGAUAAAGUGACAGAGUUGAGAAGAGGAAGUAGUCAGGCAAAUAUAUACUGUAUAAACUUUAAUAGAAACUCGACAUCUUUAUGUGUAUCUUCAGAUCGUGGUACCGUCCACGUUUUUUCUUUAGAAGAUCCUAAAUUGAAUAAACAGUCAUCGUUUGCUAAUGCCAUGUUUUUACCUAAGUAUUUUUCUUCGUCGUGGUCGUUUUGCAAAUUUUCCAUCCCUAAUGGUCCUCCAUGUAUAUGCGCUUUUGGGUCCGACGACAACUCUAUUAUUGUUGUAUGUGGUGAUGGGUGUUACUAUAAAUUUGUGUUUAACGCGAAUGGGGAGUAUGUACGUGAAUCUUGCGCCCAUUUUUUGGAAAUGACUGAAGAUGAUUUUUCAUUGUUAUAAUCUGGUAUUACUAAGAGUAGAUUUAUUUUUCUAAUGAAUAUUUUGCUAAAAUAGGAGAUUUAUUGUAAUAAAUGUUGAAUAAACACGUGCUUGAUAUUAUUUUUUUAUAAUAUACGAUGAGAUCAAAAAAAAUGUAAAUUAAAAUUUCAUAUCGAACUUUUAAUUUUUUUUAAAUUAUUAUUCAUAAAGGCAUUAUGAGAUUUAAAAAAAUCUAAUUUGAAUAUUUUAAAUUUUUUGUAUAUAGUUAGUUCAACAUACAGGGUGAUCUAUCUUAAUAAAAAAUAUAGGUGUAUACUAUAUGUUUUUUUUUAUAUUGUUUUAAGCUAUUUUUUUAGUAAACUUAGUGCCAUUUUAAUUUUUAUAAUUAAAUAAAAAAUAUCGAGUAAAUUAUUUGAUUUGUUUUUGUCAAUGCACUAAAAUUUGAUUAAAAUAAAUUAUCAAAAGAUGAAAUUGUAUCAAUAACUGAAAUACCACCUACAGCACCGGAUUCACAAAUCCAACAUCAAUUGUGAUACUAGUAGCUCAAAUGUACCAACAACCGUAAAAAACAGCUAGAACACUGGAUUGACGAAUCCAACAUCAAUUAAUAACAAAUUUUUCACCUUUCCAGUUGAAAUGAGCUAUUCCACAUAUUUUCACGAGCUCUAUUCCUGUUUUCCACUUCUGAACUAAACCGAAAUCUCCACGAUAAUUAUUACACUUCAAUUUUGUCCCCUACUUUUAUAUUAUUGUUUUUCUUAUAGUCACUAACUAUUAACAUGGUUUUCACUUUCUUUUCCCAUACUGAUGGUUUCAAUAUUACAGUGCAGCUAAUUGGGGUUAAAACUUGUAAUAAAACCACCAUUACAUGAAACUAACAUACCGAAUAAGUAAUAGAAUACAUUAUGCGGACUAUCAGGUUUGAUUUGUGAUGCUGUUGUAGAUUGAGGUAUACGAAAUGUCUUUCUAAUUUCUUCGUAAGCUGUAAUAUGUAAACCUAGAUUUAAAAUAUUUCUUUUAUAUACAAGAAUGUUUUAAAUUGUCAUCUAUAAACUUUUUUCCAAUAUAGAACUUUACACUUUGCUUUAUGACAAAUUUUGACUAAUUCAUUUUUUUUUAAAACAUAUCUGCUUCGAAACAUUUUGAUGUAAAUGUAGAUUGUUGAUAUUUUGUAUAUGUAUAUUAUUACACAUAAACAGAGAAUUUCAAUCACUAAAAGUUAAAAAAGACGUUAGUAAUAUCACUUGAGAUAAAAAUUAUAUUAUAUGAGUGUUAUUAAGAUAAAAAUUUUAUUAUACGAGUGUUAUUUGAAUAGUUUCCGACCUAAAUAGUGAACAAAACAUAUUUUUUAAACUCAUCUUUAUCGUGCAACAAACUUUUUAAGUUGAUAGUUUUUCUAUAACUUUUUUAAUUCCUUCCAUAUAAGUUUAACUAUGCUAUCAUUUCGUUAGUUGAUGAAAAUUUUUCUUGAAAUCGAAAUUUUUAGGCUAGGAAACGUAAAUAAGCACUAGGAAUCAGAUCUGGAGUAUUCUCAGUCUAUCUAAGAUAGUUCUUUAAUAUUCGUGAUCAAGUAUUUCGAUGUUAGCAAUGUUUAUGGUGUGAAAAAUAUGUGCAAAUAAUUAUACUUGAUGUUAAAGGGCCUAAAUAGAAAGUUGUCUAAAUUCUAUUUGUAUUAAUUGUCGAUUUUCAGUGAACUAGAAUUUUCUGUUUAUGUUAUGGUAUUUUAUAAUGUUGCCUUUAUAAAAGUUUAUCGAUAAUGUAUAAUUGUUCCAUAAAGGGAUUUUAUUUAUUCAAAAUAUUGAAAAAAAAAAUUCUUUUAAAUAACGAAAAAAAAAACGUUUUUCUCUGGACGAAAAUAUAUUUGUAAGUAGUAAAAUAUAUUAGGAA